CGUCCAGGAAAGCCUUUUCCGGAUUUAGAUUAAACACGUGCGUCUUCCGCAAACUUGGGCGCGAGUCCUGCCCUGCUGCGUCUCCUGCUGUAUCUCUGAGUUGGAGGAAAUGCUGUCCUUCUGGGAUGUGGCCAUUGAGUUCUCUCCAGAAGAGAGGAAAUACCUGGAUCCUGCUCAGUGGAAUCUGUACAGGGAUGUGAUGUUGGAGAAUUACAGCCACCUUGAUUUCCUGGGUCUUGCUGUCCCUAAGCCACAGCUGGUGACAUUUCUGGAGCAAAGACAAGAGCCUUCAGAAGUGGAGAGACAGGCAGCAGCCACCGUGCACCCAGGAACAAGAUCCAAGAAUUAUAAUGUAUAUAGCAAGGGCACCGAUUAUAACUCACUACGUAUUCAAUGCCAGAGAAUUGAUGCAGGGGAGAAACCCUACAAGUGUGAAGAAUGUGGUAAGGGCCUUAGUUCUUAUAAAACAUUUUCUAUACACCAGAGACUUCACACUGGAGAGAAACCCUACAAGUGUAAAGAAUGUCAUAAAGCCUUCAAUACUCGCUCAUCACUUUUUAUACACCAGAAAAAUCAUACUGAUGAAAAAACCUACAAAUGUAAAGAAUGUGGCAAAUCGUUUUACUAUCCUUCAAUGCUGAAGCAGCAUCAAAGAAUUCAUUCUGGAGAGAAACCCUGCAAGUGUGAAGAGUGUGGGAAAGCUUUUUAUGUCCCUUCAUUCCUUCAGGCACAUCAACGAAUUCACACUGCAGAGAAAUCAUACAAGUGUGAAGAGUGUGGCAGAUGUUUUUCCUCAUCGUCAUACCUUAAACAACAUCAGAUGAUUCACUCUCUAGAAAAUCCCUAUAAGUGUGAGGAGUGUGGCAAAAGGUUUUCCUGUUUUGCAAAGCUUCAAGAGCAUCAGACAGUUCACACUGGAGAGAAAUCAUACAAGUGUGAGGAGUGUGGCAAAUGUUUUUGCUUCUCUUCAUCUCUUCGGCGACAUCAAACAAUGCACCGUAAAGACAAACCCCACAAGUGCAAAGAGUGUGGCAGAUGUUUUUACUCGUUAGUAUCCCUUAGACGACAUAAAAAAAUCCACUCUGAAUAUAAUCCUUAUACGUGUGAGCAAUGUGGCAAACGGUUUUCCUAUGCUAGGCAUCUUCAGGAACAUCAAACAGUUCACACUGGAGAGAAGCCAUACAAGUGUGAGGAAUGUCACAAAGCCUUUCAUUGUCACUCAUCCCUUAGGAGACACAAGAGAGUUCAUAAUGGAGAGAAACCCAACCACUGUAAAGGUAGGGACAGAGAUUUUUCCUCAUCUUCACGCCUUAGACAACAUAAAAGAAAAAAGGAAAAUUCAUUCUAAAGACAAUCCCUAGAAGUGUGGAAAAUGUGACAGAGACUUUGUUAAUCUUUAUACCCUUACUCAACACAUGAUAUAGCUCAUACAGGAGAGAAAUCCUAUAAAUGUCUUAAAAACUUUACUUGUUCCACUCUUAAAACACAGGAAAUGAUUCAUUCUGACUAGAAAGUCCAUGAGGGUGUGAAGAGUAGUAAAAUCUUUGCUAAAAAUUAGAUCUCGCCGGGCUGGACCGAUAGCCUCCAAAAUAAUACAGAGAAACCCUGUCUCGUAAAAACCAAAAAAAAAAAAAAAAAAAAAAAAAAAAAAUUAGAUCUCAUCCUGGAACACGAUAAAUAAAAGAUUGGGACAGGAAUUGGAGUUCAAAUUUCAAGCUGAUGAUCAGAAAAGCAAAGCAGCCUGCCACUAUCUCUUACUUCCAGCUCAGGCUAGAAGGGCUGAUUCAUGAGCUCUUCACCAAGCCUCAAACUGCUGCCUUUCCUCAGUGUGGCUGGAGAAUAUAUGUCUUCUGUUGUCAGUGUGGCUGGCAAAUGAAUGCCUCCUAUCAAUGUGACUGGAGAAUGAAUGCCUGAUACUGAGAUCUUGCUCCUGUCUUAUAUACCUCUCUAGUGCUGCGAUUAAAGGUGUGUGAUCCCA